CGAGGAGAAGAGACAGCAGAUAACUCUUUCUUUUCUGUCAUCUCACAUGUUCUUGUAUUGAGAGAAGCAAAAGACCAUUGAAGGAGGAAAAAGGAGAGGCGUCCGGCUCGAGAAGAAGCAGAGAGUACGGCCGGGGAAGCGCGAAGAAGCAAUGGUGCUCGGCUCAAGGAUAAAGAAAGAGACAGGGACCCUCUGCGUGGACUGGACUCGAUGGUAGGAGGAGGAGGUUUCAUUGGAGGCGACUGGAGAGAGGGGAGAGGCUGAGGGCUUCUGGAGAGAAAACAAGGGGAGAGGGAGAAAACGAAAAACCGGUUCCUAAUCCUGUUUCCUCUGAAAAUCAAAGGAGGAAGCAGCAAAGAUAACUUGAACGAAGCCAACGAGUUUUUGUUUUGGGAAAAAAGAAGAGAAAAGAAGAUUGAAAGAGGAGAAAAAGAAAGAAGAAAGCAAGGGGAAAGGAGACUAAAACUUAGCAUUCCAACCUGGACCCCUUAGGUGCGGCAACAGUACGAAUGGUUUUAACCUUAUAGAGAACUGAAUACAAUUUUUUCUUCGACAUUUUAUUCAAAACUCAGAUUGAUUCUCGACUCUCAUGUCAGCUGACUACUCAAAGGUGUGUUUCUUUCAUUUACUGGGUUCUUCAGUAUGGGAGAUCAGAAAUCUGGGUAAUCUAGUUGUGUGAGAAGGUCUAUCACAUGGCAAGUAAUCACUGUGCUGAUUUUAUGGCUGAUAUUACUUGUGAUUUUUCUGCUCUUACUAGUAGGAUAUAUACUAAUCCUCCUGAAAAGCCACAAUUGGCCUUGGCUGAGGCUUUGCGCAUCUCUUUCAGGCACAGCUAGUGCUGUUCCUUCAUUCAUUUCAUUGAGAAUAGAAAUCUGGAAAUGGCCUUCUGUACGAUUCCUACAUGCGGCUACUCACGCAAAAUUUACAAGAAAUUUCAUUUUCUUGUGAACUUUUCAUCCUCCUGUGCUCUGAAAACUGCAAAUAUUGUUGGAGAGAGCAGCAAUGAUUACAAUUACAUUGAAUUGCAGCAUAGGAUGCGGAGAAGUGCUGCCUCAGGUGACUUAGGAGAAUCUCUAUACACUUUGGAUAUCAUGAAAAAUAUAAGUGGAAGGCCUACUGUAUAUGAUUUUAAUUCCUUGAUGCAUUGCUGCUUGAAAUCGCGAAGCGUACCGUUUCAGGAGUUGAUGGAUGUGUACACAGAAAUGAAAAGGUUUGGGCCUGUCCCUAAUGCAUCCACUUUCAAUACCCUCCUCAAUGGAGCGCGUGUUCUUGGAACUAUGAGAGAUGCACUGCAUAUUGCUAGGGAGAUGUGGGGAAGUGGGUUUGUGCCAUCUUUCAAAUCUCUGUCAAGAAUGUUGAAAAGAUCGCUUUUGACAGGGAGUUUAGAUGAUGCACUUGAUGUGUUUGAGUUAAUGUUCGGGAUGAGAUAUUUUCCAACUGAAUCCACUUUGAGUACAUUCAUUUGGAUGCUUAGUAAAGCUGGGAUGAUUUGUGAGGCAUCUCGCUUGUUCUCUGCUCUUUUAGAUAAAGGUUAUUUUUAUGGCGGGCAUACAUUCAGUCCAAUUUUAUGGGCUUUGUGCAAGUCUGAUCAGCCAUAUGUGGCAUUGCAAUUACUUUAUUCCAUGAGGAAGAAGGGUGUAAUUCCUAAUGUCUGUUCAUAUACAGCUUUGAUUUAUGGUUUCAGUAGAGCAGGGUAUUGGGAAGAUGUUUUUCGCUGUUUAGAUGAAAUGAAAAGUAAUGAAUGUAAACCUAAUGUCAUAACAUACACUGUGGUUAUCAAGUUUCUUUGUAAUUCUGGGAGGAUGGUAGACGCCUUAUACUUCUUGGAUAAAAUGGAAAAGGAAGGUUGCUAUCCAGACUUGCUUGCUUACAAUGUAAUUCUCCGUGAAGUUUCUUGUAAAGGUAGCAUGACUGACAUUUGCGAGCUUAUUCAGGUGAUUGAACAAAAGGGGCUUUUGCCCGAUUUGUACACAUAUGCUGCUUUAGGUGGGGGAAUGUUGAAAAGGGGAAAAGUAGGAAUUGCCCAUGACGUGUUGCUUUAUGUCAUCUCAAAAGGCUGUAUGGAUGUUGUUGUUUUUAAUCUAUACUUGCGUUGUUUAUGUCACGACAACCAAUCAAGAGAAGCACUGUGUCUGUUGAGCAAAAUGGUAGAAGUAGGUUUUCAACCAAAUAAUAUAUCAUAUAACACAGUUCUUUAUGGUUUUUGUAGAGAAAACAAUGUUGAGGAGUCCCUUGGGCUCUUGGACCGUUUUGAAUGGCCAAAGGGACCUGAUAUGGUUUCCUUCAAUACGAUAUUGUCUGCAGCAUGCAAACAGGGAAACUCUUCAAUCAUUAGAAGGAUUUUGUACCGUAUGGAAUCUGAACGUCUUAGCUUGACGUUGUUGGUUCGACUUGUUUGAUCCAGUAUUUUUGUACAUAUGGGAAAUUUUCUGAGGGUUUAAAGCUACUGGAAACAAUGAUGUGUUAUGGUCCCAAUCCGUCGACAGUGACUUUCAACAUGCUGCUGGAUAAGCUUUGCAAAAAUGGGUUACUUGGGACUGCGCUUCAGAUGUUCAGAUCUCUUAGAAAUAGUGGAUAUUUUCCUGAUAUUAUUUCAUAUAAUAUUCUAAUACAUGCUUCCAUAAGAGAGGGCAACAAUAUUCUGGUGAGUCAAUUAUUUAGAGACAUGUAUAGGCAGAGAUUGAAACCUGAUGCUUUUACUUAUGGAUCAUUAAUUGGUGGUCUCUGUAAGGAAGGAAAGAUAUCUGUUGCUCUCCAGUUGAGGGAUCAUAUGUUAUCGGCAGGAAUCAUUCCAAGCAUUCCUCUUUACAAUACAAUAUUCCUGGCAUUAUUUCAGAGAGCUAAGCUCUGGGAAAUUGUCUCAGUACUUAAAAUGAUGGUAAUGGAAGGUUGUGAAUCAGAUGAUGUGACCCAUGAGAUCCUCAACGAAGCGAUGACAAAAGGUUGGAUGAAGCACUUUCCUCAGGUUGCGAAAUCUUUGAAGAUUGUCAUUAGUAAAAGUUGCAAUCAGGAAACCUAUUAUGGAGCAAUAACUACAUGAAUAGCAUGCUUUAGAAUGUUGGUGCUUGCUCUCAUGUAAUGCUGUUGCACUGUCUAGUCUAAUACAGCUAUACACGGAAGAUUUAACGUUGAAUCAGAGCAUGGGGUAGCUGUUGAAAGGUUUUUGGUGAAACAAAUGUUCCGUGUGAUAAACAUCAGUGAGAGGGAGGCAUCUGAAUUAAGAAACAUUCAGGAAGGAAGAUUGAAGUCCUUUCAAAUGCAAAGUUUUGGGUCGUGGCACCAGAUAGGAUUGCUAGUAACAAUUUGUUGCAGACAUGAGGCAAAAGAUGCAUAACUCGUCUCUUAAUCAAUUCUGUCACUUGAAACUGUCAAAACCAUGUCCAAGGUGUUGGCAAGUGUCCAGCAGCAGAAGUGACAAUAUGUUCAAUAUUCUCAUCCUAUAUUCAACUGCAGCUGGUCAUCAAGUCAAUGUAUAGAGGAGAGUUUAGUGGUUAAUGUGCAUGGCAGUGAAGGAAGCUGCAAAUGCUUGCUCAAUUUACAUAUUCCAACUUCGAUCUGGAGGAAUUUUCUGCUGGGGUGUUUAGAAAGCCGGACACAUUUCUUGUAAGAUAAUGUAUGUUUGCUGUAAUGUGCCAGCCAGGUACUGUACAAACUUAAAGUAGUCUGUCGUAGUACUCUGUUUAUUUGAUGGGUUUUGGUACAGAACAAACAUCUGUGCGGUAUCAGAAAAUAAACUUCUGACCAACAAAAGUUGUGUCGAACUUGUAACUUA